AAAUUUUGCUUCUAUCCUGCCCAUGAAAUUUCAAACUUCCGAAUACUUAAAACCCUAUGUCCUCCCAAUUACAGUAAGCUUCAGACAGCUACCAAAAUAUCGAUAUAGGCUUCAUCCUUUACGAGCUUUGAAAUUAGGACUAGCUUUAUCAGUAAUUAUAAUAUUUUCUUCAUUACUAUUUUUAUCAAGUGAUGGGCCACCAGAACCUGAAAUUUCCAUUCUACAAAGCACGCAUACGUUUAUUCAUUCUGCAUACUACUAUCCGAGUUCCAAGUCUCUCGGAAAAAAUGCGAUCGCAAUGGUGACAACAAUGAAUAAAAGAACGGUAUCGAAUAUUACAAAUCUUAAAAUAAAUUUAAUUGGAACCAAUAAAACGGAUAAAUGGAUGCAACAGGCAACUUUGACUACGGAGCAUGGCCUUCAUACUCGGUGUGACUAUUCUCUUGUCACUGCCCACGCAAACUUGCUGGAAGACAUGGAGAAGCUGGAAAUUGAGUCCGAUGGAGUUUUAGUAGAGGUACCAGUAAAACGUCCGAAAUAUUCAGCGCCAAAACCAGUGGUUUUCUGUAUAGCCCCACAAUUUGCUGCAGAGCAGUGGCAGACUUUUCUGGUGCAGCUGCAUGUUUCGAAGCGAUACGGAGCUCAUCUACAACUGUACGUGGUAUCUAUGGUAGAGUCCUACUUCAACUUGCUCAAGGAACAUGAAAAGCUGGGGCUUGUAUCCAUUGAACCUUGGCUCACAAUUAAGUUCUCUACCACAGAUGAACCAUAUUUGGAGCCAAAUCGUAACGUGGAGCUCAGAAAUCAGGCGGCUGCGCACACUGAUUGUAUUCUCAUGUAUAAGGAGGCUGUAAGCUUUAUUGGAGUUCUUGACAUGGAUGAUAUACUUAUUCCAACAAAUGCCAACUCUUACUACGAGGAGUUCGAGAGAGAAUAUGCCGGAAGCUGGGAGAUUAGUGCACUUCACUAUGACAAAUUUGACUAUAAAACUAUAAAAACUUCGGUACUGGACUCUAAGAAGACUCUAAACAUAAGUUCAAUGAUUAAAAAUUCAAAACGACUGAAAACAAAAGACGAAGGAAAGUCGUUCUUCCGCCCGGAGAGAUUGAAUUCUACGUGGUCUCAUUAUUCACUUAACUCGGAUGAUCGUCCAAUUUAUUUGACAAAAAAGCAGAGGAAACCUAUUUAUCGAAAAAUGAAGUACAUAUAUAAUAAUGGAAUAUUUCAUUUGAAACACAUGGUUUUCGUAAACUCAAGUAAUGUUCGGGAAGGAGUUAUACCGAUUAAUCCAGGAGAUAAUAUUACUGAGUUGAUUAGUGAAAGACAUUUGAAGGAGAUCGAUGAGGAUUUUUUGAGCACAAUUUCCCAGCCAGAAUUCACCAGCUUAACCUCCUCUCUGCCCAAAGAUGAUUUUUAUACGAACAUCGUAUUCCAGUGCUAUAAUCAAUCAUUUUAUCACAUUCGAGACGCCGGCCUUCUUUCUGCAGAAUCCACGUGUGUAAAUGCUUUUGAUUGUGAGCUUUCACAACGAGAAGCGAUGCCGUGUACCCAUUCAGAUGCCACGUAUCACUCCGGGCCGCCCAUGUUUCCAAUCACAUUCCAUUGGGCGAGUGAUGCAUUCUUUAGUGAUGAGAUUGGAUGCUAUCAGUAAUUGGAUCUUUUUUUUAAUCAAA